GGUUAUAUUUUGACGGUAGUUUUGGCCAGAGGAGAGAGAGAGAGAGAGGAGAAGGCUAGAGGAACGUGAGGCGGUCGUCGUUAUGGCAACCCUUACUUCCUUCCUUUCCUUCUCUCCUUUUCCUCUAACCUCAUCUUCCCGUCCUCGCCAGGAUCAUCCUCAUCUCCUUUAUUCCUCCUCCUCCUAUAAUCUCUCUACUCUUCGAACUUUCCAGAACCCUAGAAUUUCUCGGACCAGUUUCACCAAUCUUACUUUUGCUUCUGCUCAAUCUUCUUUCGGCGAUUUCAGCUCUGACAAUGAUAAUUGUCGCUCUAAGAAAUCUAUCAUGCUAGACCUUGUCCAAGAGAUAGAACCUUUGGAUGUGAGCUUUAUCCAAAAGGAUGUGUCUCUUACUACUAUUGAUGCUAUGAAGAGGACAAUUUCAAGCAUGCUUGGUUUGUUGCCUUCUGAUCAGUUUCAAGUUUUUAUUGAUGCUCUUUGGGAACACCUCUCCAAGUUAUUGGUUUCUUCUAUGAUGACAGGGUAUACCUUAAGGAACGCUGAACUUAGACUUUGUCUUGAAAGGAACUUUGAUACCUAUGAAAUCAGUCUUGAGACACCAAAACAAGAUGAUUCAAAACUAGACGAACAUGGAAACACUCAUGACUCUGGAAAGGCAGUUAAAACUUCCAGGAAAAAUGGGAUGUUAAAUUCUGGUAUAGGAAAUGAUAAUUCAUCUGAAGACACAACUAUUCAAGGUCUUGGAGAAAUUACACCUGAAGCUAGACAAUACAUUUUGCAUUUGCAAUCUCGUCUAUCUUCUGUAAAUGAGGAGCUUAACGAGGUGAAGCGAAAAACUGCAGCACUGCAAAUGCAGCAGUUUGUUGGAGAGGAAAAGAAUGAUUUGCUAGACUACUUAAGGUCACUUGAACCGGAGAAGGUAGUUGAAUUAUCAGAACCUACAUGUGUUGAAUUGAAGGAAGUUAUCCACUCAGUAGUUCAUGGUCUCCUAGCUACCCUUUCGCCAAAAAUGCAUUCCACUUCUCCUCCUCCACCACCCUCCGAAAGUAUGUCAAGUGGAGGAAAAGUAGUUGAUGAAGACGAUUGUGUUGAUAUUGUGGAUAAUAGUAAUAACAAUACUUCUCUGCACUACCAGCCUCUGAUUUCCUUGAAUCGCGAUUACCUAGCUCGUCUUCUCUUUUGGUCCAUGCUAUUGGGGCAUUACCUUAGAGGCGUCGAAUAUAGGCUGGAGCUUGACGAUUUGCUCUCGCUAGCAACUACAAAGACAGUUUUGUGACUGACAACACCCCCAUAAGGUUCUUUAGUGAUCUGCUCUGCAUUUUUUAGGUUCUUUUUUUGUUGUUGUUUAUUUAGGUUCAUUAGUCACUUUACCCACUUCGGGUAUAGCUACCAGAGGCUUGGACUAAGGCGUUUAGUUCAAUGUGGUCUUAGUUUUUAUUGUUAUUGAAAGUAUCAAAUUGAAAUGGAAAGUCAUGGUGGUGGGCUAGUUGUUCUGAAUCCUUCUAGGGAUUUAGUCUAGGUUGUUAACAUAUUUCUUUUCAUGUGGAACUUCUUUUAUACUCAGAUGGAGGUGUGAGAGACUCUUGGAUUGAUUUUUAAAA